GUUAUCUAAAAAUUUUUAACUUAUGGGUAUAAGUAUAUCUAUUAACAGCGAUAAUUUUCACAUUAAGAUCAGUAACUGCUUUUUUAUAAACAAUAUGAGAUAUUAUUUCAAUUUCAUUCGCCUUCAUCAGAUGAAACAACAGUGAAAUCAGUGGCAACUAAUAUAGUGAAAUACAUUCUUACUAUUCAUAGACUGGUAAAUAUAAAUUUUAAACUAAUAAAACUCAACUUUCAAGAAUGGAUACAUUUAAAAAUGCACUUGAAAUUGUACAGCUUAUACCAGUUUUCACUUACUUAAACAUACUUAGUGACUUUUUAUUUAUUGAAAAUUACCUGUCAGAAAUUGAUCAAAAUAAACAAAUACCAAUUGUUAAUGCACUCUAUAAAUACUUGGACGAUAAUCAGAAUAAUUUUGAGAAUAAAAAUAAAUUAAUAAGAAAUUUGUUAAAAGGCAGCGAUCUUUAUGGAGAAAAAGACAAUGAACAUUUUGAUAUCACUUUUGUUAAUGUGAUGUUCGAAUAUAUUAUUAGUUCUUUAAUAUUUGACAAAUAUGGUAAUAUUUAUGGCUUCUUGGCAGAUGUUUUUUGUAGAGCGAAAUGUUUUCAAGUAAAUCAAAUAUUGAAUAUGAUAAGAAAAAAUCUUGAGAUUGCAUUGUUUCAAAAUGAAUAUGGCGAUGAAUCUACUCUCAGUAAUUUAUCAGUGAAUAGAAUAUAUAACGAUAUAAUAUUGCCUCUGUUUCCUCGACCAAAGGCUAAUCUUAGUUUAUUGUCUCAUGAUUAUAUUUAUGCUCAAGCUGGUUUAAUGUUCCUUCGACCUGGAAGAAUAAAUACUGCCUAUUAUAAUGAUUUUGAAAGUAGUGAUGAAAAUCUAACUGAAGAAAAUUUAUUUGAAGAAUACUUAUUAAUUGGACGUGUAAUUGAAAAAUUAAUUCUAUCUGACGAGAAGAAUUUUGAAAUAUCAAAAGCUUUUGCUCUUCCUGCUCUUUCGUAUUAUAUUUUGAAUUCAAAAUAUUUAUUUGAAUUUGAAAACAUGGAAAAUAUAAUUUCACAAUCAAAUUUCUGGAGUACAGCUUAUCAGGAAUUAUUUCAAUAUAUAUCUAAAGCAAUUAAUGACCCUGAAGUCAAUUUAAGGAAUGAGUACAUAGUGAAAAUGCAUUUGGCACUUUCUAAUUUUCAAAGUAGUGCCUCAUUGUUGAAAACUUUUCAAGAGCAAAAUUGUACUCAUUUAGCAGUAAGCCAACAAAUUUUACGACUUCCAAUUGAUUUACAUUAUCCAGAAUCAUAUCAAUGUAAAUUUGUCAAACCUGUACCUAAUUUAAAACAAUACUUGAUGAGUCAAAUUUAUACAAUCAGUGAAUUAUAUGAAACAUAUGAUUUUCAACUAGUCCAAGAGGUCUUUCCAAAAUCUCUAAUAGACAAUUUUAACCAAGAUGGAAUUAUUAUAAAAAUACUAGAUUCUAACAAUACACUCAAAUCUGAUGAUGAUUUAUCAAAGUCAGAACAUUCAUCAUGCGACAUUUUGGAAUUAUAUUUUCCCAACAACAAAAGCUUUGGCUACUUUAUUUUAAGACGAGACGAUUACAAUAUAAUAUUUAUAAAUAAAGCUGAUAAUCCAGAAGUUUUUCAGCAAGAAAUGAAGAUAUGUUUUAAAAAAUUAUCUAGUACACCAAAUCUUGAAAUUUUAAAAACAACUAAUGAAAACAUGAACGAAUUUUUUAAAAAUUAUAUUAAGUACAAAAAAUUGCGAUUAGAGUCACACUUGACAUAUUUAGACAACUAUUAUAAAAGACACAAUAAAUCAUUGAAAAAUGAUUGGUGGAAGGAAUUCGGUUUAUCUUUAGUGCCAUACUAUCCAUGUUUAUCAAAUAUGUCGGACACUAAUUAUUAUGGAAGUAUUUGUGUAUCAAAUAAAAUAAAAUAUUUACACGACUAUCAACAUUCAUUAGGCACAACAAUCAGAUCAAUUUUUUUAAAAAAUGCAGCUAGUGAAACACUAAAUGAAAUUCUAACGAAAAAUCAAUAUCAAUUCUCAAUAAUAUUUGUAUUAAAUAUAAAUAAAAUAUUUGAGAAUAUUCCUUUAUAUUUAAAAUAUCCUGCAUUUCAACUAACCUAUGCAACCAAAGACACAAUAAGAUUACUUGAAAAAAUAAUUAAUUCUUUAAAAGAAAAAACUGACUUCAGUUUUACUUCAAUCAUAAGUAGUCUUUCUAAGAUUUUAAUUUUAAAGUCCAAUGUUUACAAAAGCAUUUAUGCUAUUGGUGAAAAAAAUAGUCGAUUGGUUUUCGUAAACACUUUGCAAAAUCAUAGUAAUACUGGUUAUGGUUAUAAGUUUAUUUUUCUAUCUUCCAAUAUUUCAGAAAUUGCACAAUUGAGAACUGACUAUGAUUUUAAUGAUGAGAAAUUAUUUUUGCAAUGGUAUUUGGAGAAAGAAAGGAAUAUUUUUAUUGCUUUAAAUAACGUAAGCUUUCAACCUGAACCUAAUCAUAUUAUGUAUGAAAUUAAUAAUCAACUAAGGAGAAGACCAAUUAAACUUUUAUUUUCUGGAAUAUCAAUGAUUAAUUAUGAUGAAAAAUGUAAUGAAGAGGAAAAAUUUAUUAAUCUUUGCCAAAGACGACGACUUUUAAAUGAAAAAUCUUACUACGAAAAUGAAGCCAUAAACUUCGUUAAGAAAAAGUUAAAUCUUUCUGAAAAUGUAAUACGCAAUAUACUUGAAACUUACACAUUUCCAGAUAACGCAACUCUUAUGCGAUUUAUCAAUGAUGGGCUGGACAACAAUUCCUUUAAUGAACCCAAUUGGGGUAGAAAAUAUAUAAUAAACAAUCGUGAUUUAUUAAAUGAAUUAAGAUACAACAUACAUUUUGAAAACCACAAUAUAUCAGAAUUUGAAGCUGAAUUUAGAAUCAAUUCUUUUUACACUAAAAUAGAAAGAAGUAAAAUUGAAGAAGAAUCAUCGAUAAACAGAAUAAUUACAGAUUACAAUAAACAAAAUGCAAGAUAUUCUUGCACAUUUCAUGAUUACUAUGCAAUAAGAAAUUACGCAACAACAGGAUAUAAAAGAAUAACAGGUGAUACACAGGAAGCAAAGUUUAUGAAAAUUGCAUUAUAUAAAUUAGCAUUGAGACAAUCUGAUGAAUAUGAAGAGAAAUUGGAAUUAAAAUUAUUUAGAUUUGAAACUAAACCUAUUUCAAUUAUCCAAAAUAUAUCUUCUCAACAAUAUAUUACUUUGCAAAAAUUUGUACUAGCAUUUUCAAAUGCAGGAACUGCUACAGAAUUUGUUGGUUAUCCAACUGUUGGUUAUUCAAACAUUCUUUAUGAAAUGAUAUUUAAUGGAUUAUAUGUAAGGGUGAAAAUAGAUCAAUUUUAUAGAAAAAAAGAGAGGAAUAUCAUUCUUUUACCUGGAAGCACAUUUCUGAUUAGUGGCAGUGAAACAGUGCAAAUUGGAGGAUUGGGCAAUGUUUUAAAAUUAAAACUAGAAUUUAUACAUUAUUAUAAUGAGAAAUAUUAUUGGCAUAAACAUAUUAUGAAUGAAUUAGCUAAAAUCAAUUGAUGUAAAUUUCUAAAUUUUUAAAAAUUUACAAAAUUAGUGAGAGAGAAUUUAAAUUUGUAGACUUUUUUUCGAUUAAAUAAUUAUAUGUAAUACUUAAAUGGUCUCUUAUUGCCUUUCAAAGAGUAAAUAUAGUAUAAAAAUUGAAUAUUGGUCUAUGGACGUUCUGGAGAUAUUAUUUUGUCAUGGGAAAUUAAGAUAUUCCUAAGAUGAUAAAAUGAUAUCUUCAGGACGUCAGUAGGACAUGCUGAAUAUCCGGAUGCUGUUAGGCUGCCGAAUCAACUAAGUUUUUUAUAAUACAAAUUUUUUGUUUUUGAUAAUGGCUCGAGGAAUCUUCCAGAGAAAUAAAUAAUUUAUCGUUUGCAGGAAGUUACAAAUUCAAUAUCCUUAACUUAAAAAUUUCUUCCAAUGAAUGUAUUUUACGAUUUUCCACUUACUUCGAAGUUUUUAAUCAUUUCAGAAUGGCAUAAAAAAAACAAGUUACACCUUUUGUCGGUCUUAGUUUCUUGUACAGGUUUUGACACUCACCCACACACACACAUAGAAGGAAGCAACAAACCUUUAAAAGAUGUAGUGCCCCAGUACUAAGAAGUCAUAUGGUGACCAGUUGCUGGUCGCGAGUCACUCGCUGCGGGAAUCGAGACAAGAAAUGCGUGGAAAUAGCCUCUAGUAAUUUCACACGUUAGUGCUGGCGAAAUUGUUCUCAGCUAGCGCACACACGACGUUUCCGAUGACCGGAGUUCUUCUUCAUCUUCUUCCACUUCGCCACAGCCCAUCGCCCCCUCUCAUAUAUACACUGUAUGGUCCAGCACCUUUCUUGCUUCAUAUCCGGCAUCUCACUUCCACCGAGUCAUUCUACCAAUAAUUUAAAAAUAAUUACCAACGAAACAAAAAUAUAUAACUUCAUCAAGAAUUUGCUAAAUUAAAUAAUUAGCAAUCAUUCAACUACAUAGAAAUUAAUUCAAUAAUCAAUUCGAGGAAAAAUUGUGUGAAUGUCAUCUAUAAUAGGUGUGUACAAUCUGCAUGUUUAGUAUAUAAUAAAAUCAAGAAACUUUAGUGUUACGAACCAACUCAUUUUGCAUACUAAUUAAACGCUUAACUGCAAGCACUUUGAACCGCUUGAAGCAUUAUUUUUUCUUUGUGUAAAUUUUUGUCAUGAACACGCACUUAUAAGCAACUAGAAGAGGUUGACUUAAAGGUCUUAUUGCUGAGAGAAGCGUCUUAAAACUUUAACCAUAGACAGCUCUCGUGGUUCUUACUAAAGCUUAUAUUGCCAAUGCAUUUUAAGUAGUCUAGAAGACUUGCAUUGUGCACCUGAGAAUGGAUCUUGCAUUUUGCCAUUUGACCAUUUUACCCUCUUACGCCCAUAUGUAGCAGUACUUAAGUCGUUUUUGCAAACCUUCAUCCUAUUGGAAUUUCAAGUGCUGUGUCGUAUUACCUCCACAGAAGCAAAAAAAAAAAACCCUAAUGCUACUUGUCAAAUUUAAACUACUCGUUAAAUUAACACACUUUGUACAAAAAAAAAUAUAUACACGUAAGCAUAAAUUGUCUUAAAGAUUUUUUUAUUUUUUUCUGCCACUUCUUCUUAUAAACUUCUCAAUACCAACCCUCUUAAAAAACUUAAAAAUAAUACCAGUAAAAUUCUCCAAUAUUUAAAUGACAAUGAAUUCUUAAAAUACAAAUAUCACUACAAUGCAUUAACUUUAACUGAUACUGUUUUAUCAAGAUUCUAUAUGGUCUUUCAAAAAUUCAUAAAAAAGAUAUUCUAUUUCGUCCUAUUGUUUCAUUAAUAAAUAGUCAUACACAUUUUUUUUUUAGCAAAAACGUUGUAUAAUGAAUUAAAAGAUAAUAUCUGUAUUCUGAAAUCACACAUUAAUAAUAGUUUUGAACUCAUUGAAAAAAUAAAAAAUUCUUAUAUUCCAAUUGAUUACAUUUUAGUCUCCGUUGAUGUUAAAUCUCUGCUUUACCAACGUACCAAUCGAUUUUGUUAUUCAAAGUCUUGAACGUAGAAUCAUAAAUAUCAAUAAUGGUUAAAUCCCUUUUAAUGAUAUUUUACACUGCACUGAAUUUCUUUAUAAAAACACAUUUUUUAUCUUCGAUGGAAAAUAUUAUCAACUAAUUGAUGGUACUCCUGUGGGUUCUUCGAUUUCUGAGUUUUUUUGCUAAUAUUGUCAUAGAUGAUUUAGAAAGUGAUUGUUUUAAAAAAUUAAAAAUUGAACAUAAUUGUGAACCUAUUUUUUACUUUAGAUAUAUUGAUGACACUAUUUUAUGUAUACAUAAAGAUAAUAUUAACCCGGUUAUUGAAA